AUGACUGCUUCUGACCUCUUGACGCUCCCACAAUUGUUGGCGCAAUAUUGCUCGAGUGCUUCCCAAAAUAAAGUGUUUUACACUACUAGCACAAAAAAUAGUCAUUCAUCCUUCAAAGGCCUAGAAUCUGCCGCCACAGAUGCUACUCAUCUACUAAAUAACCAGGAUCCGUUGAACACCAUCAAGGAUCAGCUUUCUAAGGACAUUUUAACUACUAUUUUUACAGACGAAACUACUUUGGUUAAAUCCAUCCACCAUUUAUAUUCUCUUCCUGACAAACUACCAUUGGUGAUCACAGUGGAUUUGAAUUUGCAAGAUUAUUCCGUGAUUCCUGCGUUAAAAGAUCUUUCUUUCCCCAUCUUAAUAUCUUCUGACUUGCAAACUGCAAUUUCAAACGCGGACUCUUCUUACAAGAUUGCUACAAGUUCUCUGACUCCUGUUUUCCACUUUCUUAAUUUGGAGAAAAUUGGCAGGAGUACGGCUAUCGAACAAGAUAUCGAUGUUCCAACUUUGGAAAUUGGUAGCGAGGAAACUAAAGUUGCAUUGCUAGAGGCUACUGAUUCAUUGACAAAUUUCGAACUAGUCGAAGGUGAAGAUUCCACUACUACUGUCAUUGUUAACUUGUCACCAUAUGACGCGGAAUUCAGUAGUGUAUUACCUUCAAACGCAGGCUUGGUCAAAAUCAAAGUAUACAGACCAUGGAAUUUUUCCAACUUCUUAGAAAUACUGCCAUCCUCUGUAACCAAAAUUGCUGUUUUGCAAGGUGUCUCUAAGAAAUCACAAUCAAACGAAUUUCAACCAUUUCUUUUAGACUUCUUCAGUAACUUUAAUGAAUUGGUGUCUAGAAACAUCGAGCAGGUGGUAUUGACUAAUAUUGGUACUGUAGAUGAUUAUCAAAACGUUAUUAACACCGUUAUAUCAAAUAUUAACAAAAAGGAACCAGAUACUAAUCUGUUUUUAGGUAAACCCAAUGACAAGGCUGAAGAACAAGCUGAAGUUACUCAGCUGAUUUCUUCCGUCAAGAAAGUUGUGAAUUUAGAAGAUGCCUACGUCAAAGUGCUCAAACAAUUAUUCUCCUCAAACUUACAAAUUUUGAAUCAAUUUUCCAGUGAAACAAUUGAACCAAGUAAUCCGGAAUUUGGUUUUGGACGCUUUUUGAAACAAGAAGCCCAACGUGAAGAGUUGAUCAAUUUAGCAAAAUCCUCUCUUGAUCCAAGUCUUUACUUGUCCGAGGAUGCAAACAAAAUCGUUCAACUAUUAUCCAAAUGGUUGUCAUUCAAUGGCCAUGAUCUUGACGAAGUUCAAUUACAAGAAGCCAAUGAGACGGGUUUGGAAAUAUUUCAGUUGUUACAAUCUAAUCAAGAUUCCUCUACUGCCUUAAGAUUCUUGAAGAUAGCUCCAACAAGCGAUUCUUUUAUUUUCAAAUCAAGCUGGCUAAUUGGUUCCGAUGCUUGGUCUUAUGAUUUGGGCCAUUCAGGUAUUCAACAGGUUUUAUCCUCCCGUAAAAACAUUAAUGUUCUACUAAUUGAUUCAGAACCAUACGACCACAGAAAGCAGAACCAGGACAGAAAGAAAGAUGUCGGUUUGUACGCCAUGAACUAUUACAGUGCCUACGUUGCCUCUGUAGCAGUCUAUGCUUCCUACACCCAACUAUUGACUGCGAUUAUAGAGGCUUCUAAGUAUAAUGGUCCUUCUAUCGUCUUAGCUUAUUUGCCAUAUAGUUCAGAAAAUGAUACUCCAUUAGAAGUUCUAAAGGAAACCAAAAACGCCGUUGAAUCUGGUUACUGGCCAUUGUAUAGGUUUAAUCCAAUUUAUGACGAUCCAUCAAUGGGCAAGGAGGCAUUUAGUUUAGAUUCCUCGGUUAUCAGGAAACAAUUGCAGGACUUCUUAGACCGUGAGAAUAAGCUUACCCUAUUAACCAGAAAAGAUCCAUAUUUAUCAAGAAAUUUAAAGCAAUCUGCUGGUGAUGCGUUGACAAGGAAACAGGAAAAAAGAAGUAAGGCUGCCUUCGAUCAGUUAUUAGAGGGUUUGUCUGGGCCACCUUUGCACGUCUAUUAUGCUUCAGAUGGUGGAAAUGCUGCCAACUUGGCAAAGAGACUAGGCGCUAGAGCAUCCGCAAGAGGUUUAAAAGCUACUGUACUAUCCAUGGAUGACAUAAUUUUGGAAGAAUUACCUGGUGAAGAGAACGUGGUUUUCAUCACUUCCACCGCUGGACAAGGUGAAUUCCCCCAGGACGGUAAGUCUUUCUGGGAAGCUCUGAAGAAUGACACCGACUUGGAUUUAGCUACUUUGAAUGUUGCUGUCUUUGGUCUGGGUGAUUCUGAAUAUUGGCCACGUAAAGAAGAUAAACAUUAUUUUAACAAACCUUCACAAGAUCUAUUCAAGCGCUUAGAAUUAUUAAGUGCCAAGACCUUAGUUCCAUUGGGACUGGGUGACGAUCAAGAUGCCGAUGGCUUCCAAACUGCUUAUUCUGAGUGGGAACCUAAAUUAUGGGAAGCUCUUGGUGUUUCAGGCGCUGCUGUUGAAGACGAGCCAAAGCCUGUUACAAAUGAAGAUAUCAAGAGAGAGUCUGAUUUCUUGAGAGGUAGUAUCAGUGAUAACCUAAAAGACACCUCUUCAGGGGGUGUUACUCACGCUAAUGAACAAUUAAUGAAAUUUCACGGUAUUUAUACCCAAGACGACCGUGACAUUAGAGAAAUACGCAAGUCUCAAGGCUUAGAGCCAUACUAUAUGUUCAUGGCAAGAGCUCGUCUACCAGGUGGUAAAACCACUGCACAACAGUGGCUUGCUCUCGAUCACUUAUCUGAUACUUCAGGUAACGGUACUUUAAAAUUAACCACAAGGGCAACCUUCCAAAUUCAUGGUGUGUUAAAGAAAAAUUUGAAACAUACAUUGAGAGGAAUGAAUGCAGUUCUUAUGGAUACGUUAGCUGCUGCAGGUGAUGUAAACAGAAAUGUCAUGGUUUCAGCUUUGCCAACCAAUGCGAAGGUUCAUCAACAAAUUGCUGACAUGGGGAAAUUGAUUUCUGACCAUUUCUUGCCAAAGACUACAGCCUAUCACGAAGUUUGGUUAGAAGGCCCAGAAGAACAGGACGAUGAUCCAUCAUGGCCAUCUAUCUUUGAAAAUAGAAAAGAUGGUCCAAGAAAAAAGAAGACAUUAGUCAGCGGUAACGCUUUAGUCGAUAUUGAACCAAUCUACGGUCCAACUUACCUGCCAAGAAAGUUCAAAUUCAACAUCGCCGUUCCUCCAUAUAACGAUGUUGAUGUCUUAUCUAUUGACGUCGGUUUGGUUGCUAUAGUUAACCCAGAAACUCAAAUCGUAGAGGGUUAUAAUGUUUUUGUUGGUGGUGGUAUGGGUACCACUCAUAACAAUAAAAAAACUUACCCAAGAUUGGGGUCAUGCUUAGGUUUUGUUAAAACUGAAGACAUUAUUCCGCCACUUGAAGGUGUCGUUAUUGUGCAAAGAGAUCACGGUGACCGUAAAGACCGUAAGCAUGCUCGUUUAAAGUAUACUGUAGAUGACAUGGGCGUUGAAGGCUUCAAACAAAAAGUGGAAGAAUAUUGGGGUAACAAAUUCGAGCCUGAGAGACCAUUUGAAUUUAAAUCCAAUAUUGAUUACUUUGGAUGGAUUAAAGAUGAAACCGGGUUGAACCACUUUACCGCAUUUAUUGAAAAUGGUAGAGUUGAGGAUACACCAGAUUUGCCUCAGAAGACAGGUAUUAGAAAAAUUGCUGAAUACAUGCUUAAGACUAAUUCUGGUCAUUUCAGAUUGACCGGUAAUCAACAUUUGGUCAUCUCCAAUAUUACCGAUGAACAUGUUGCUGGAAUAAAAUCUAUUUUAAAGAGCUAUAAAUUGGAUAACACCGACUUCAGUGGGUUGAGAUUAUCUUCAUCUUCCUGUGUUGGUUUACCAACAUGUGGUUUAGCGUUUGCCGAAUCUGAACGUUUCUUACCUGAUAUAAUUACUCAGUUGGAAGAUUGUUUAGAAGAAUAUGGUUUACGUCACGAUUCUAUUAUUAUGAGAAUGACUGGUUGUCCUAACGGUUGUUCUCGUCCAUGGCUGGGUGAAUUAGCUCUUAUCGGUAAGGCUCCACACACUUAUAACUUGAUGCUUGGCGGUGGUUACCUUGGCCAAAGGCUAAACAAAUUAUAUAAGGCCAAUGUGAAGGAUGAGGAAAUUGUCGAUUACAUCAAACCAUUAUUUAAAAGGUAUGCUUUAGAGAGAGAAGAAGGUGAACACUUUGGUGACUUCUGUAUAAGAGUAGGCAUCAUCAAACCAACUACAGAAGGUAAAUACUUCCAUGAAGAUGUUUCUGAAGAUGCCUAUUAA